AAGCUUGUUCAAAUAUUGAGAAAAUCAAUUAAAACGUGUACUCUUUCGGCAAAUUUUGAUUUUGAUUGUUAACUCACUGGAUUUGGGACCAUAAAACAUUUAGACAUUAUUGGGAGUUAUAUUGGGACAACGUGCGAAAAAAGUGAAUAUUGUUUUGAUUCGUGACAAAGUAGUGAAUUUUGAUAGAAAGUGAUUUUGACAAGUGCAACAAUGGAUACAAACAAUGAACAUGUUGAUCCGUCGGUUCGUCGAUAUCGGACGGCAUUCACACGUGAGCAAUUGGCUCGAUUGGAAAAGGAAUUCUAUAAGGAAAAUUAUGUGUCACGACCGCGUCGCUGUGAAUUGGCCAUUCAACUUGGUCUUCCUGAGUCAACCAUCAAGGUCUGGUUCCAAAAUCGGCGCAUGAAAGACAAGCGCCAGCGGAUUGCUGUUGCUUGGCCAUACGCAGCCGUUUAUGCCGAUCCAAAUUUUGCAGCGUCGUUGCUUCAAGCGGCGGCCAAUUCAGUUGGAAUGCCAUACUACGCACCAAACCCAAUGAUCCCACAAAUGCCUGUGAUCACGCCAUCCCAGAUUCAAUCAGCCACUGGAAAUCCCUACACAUACGGCUAUCGAUACGCUCCAUAUCAGAUUCCGCAUCGAAACCCAACCAGCAUUCCGGCACAUUCGCACUCCUCACCUUUAUCAACGUCUCCGAGUGGAACAAUUAUUACGCGAAAUGACAUUGGAACAGGCCUAAAUAACUCAUUCGGCAGCAGUAGCGAUUACUUGCGAAGCCCUAGUUCACCGAUGUCACCACUCUCACUUUCACCUGUAUCAGAAUCAGAAAAGUUCGCACCAAUACCAUAUCAUUCAAAUUCACAGUCAAGUACACCGCAUCAAAUCACAAACCAUAACAACAACAAUAUUGGUGAAACGACGAUUCUUAAGUCAGAGAAGCCCAAAUUGUUUAAGCCAUAUAAAUCCGAGUAAUUUUACUGCACCGAAUUAGAUUUUAAAUUGAAAUAAUUUCUAUUUUGUCUGCCAUACAUCUUCGUAUCAUAGUUUAAAUUUUUAGUUCUGUAAAUAGUUAAUGCAUAAGCUGAUAAGUCAAAUCGAAUGUUCUAAGAAGAUAUAUCCUGUAAGGCAACGAAACAAAUUGUUGAA